CGGAGGGGAGCGGAGGAGGAGGAGGCGGCGGUGAUGGGCAGCGAGGGACAGAGGGGCCCGGCGAUGGGGGGGGGCGACCCCCGGGCACUGCGCAGGGACUGCCAGCAUCGGAUCUUCGUGAACCGCAGCCUGGCGCUGGAGAAGAUCAAGUGCUUCGGCUUCGAUAUGGAUUAUACCUUGGCCAUGUAUAAAUCACCUGCCUACGAGGAGCUGGGCUUCAGGCUGCUGCUGGAGCACCUGGUGUCCAUCGGGUACCCCACCGAGAUCCUGCACUACAAAUACGACCCCACCUUCCCCACCCGGGGGCUGGUGUUCGACGCGCUCUAUGGGAACCUGCUGAAGGUGGACUCUCAUGGCAACCUGCUGGUCUGCGCCCACGGCUUCCGCUUCCUCCGGGGGGCUGAGAUCCUGCACUACUACCCCAAUAAGUUCAUCCAGCGGGACGACACCAAGCGCUUCCACAUCCUCAACACCCUCUUCAACCUGACGGAGACCCACCUGUACGCCUGCCUGGUGGACUUCUUCUCCAACUGCCCCAGAUAUGUCAGCUGUGACACUGGCUACAAACACGGGAACCUCUUCAUGUCCUUCCGCAGCAUGUUCCAGGACGUGCGCGAGGCCAUGGACCAAGUUCACCUCUCGGGCUGCCUGAAGGAGAAGACAUUGGAGAACCUGGAGAAAUACGUGGUGAAAGAUCCCCGUGUGCCACUGCUGCUGAGCCGCAUGAACGAAGUUGGGAAGGUGUUUCUUGUGACAAACAGCGACUACAAAUACACAGAUGCCAUCAUGACCUACCUGUUCGACUUUGGUGAUGGUGACAAGACCGGGACCCCCCCACGUCCCUGGCGCUCCUACUUCGACCUCAUCGUGGUGGACACCCGCAAGCCGCUCUUCUUCGCCGAGGGCACCGUCCUGCGCCAAGUCAACACGGACACGGGGAAGCUGCGCAUCGGGACCUACACGGGGCCCCUCCAGCACUGCGCUGUGUACUCCGGUGGCUCGUCAGACUUGGUGUGUGACCUGCUGGGCGUGAAGGGCAAGGACAUCCUGUACAUGGGGGACCACAUCUUCGGGGACAUCCUCAAGUCCAAGAAGCGGCAGGGCUGGCGCACCUUCCUGGUGGUGCCCGAGUUGGCCCGAGAGCUGCAGGUGUGGACGGAGAAGAGCGAGCUGUUCGAGGAGCUGCGGAGCCUGGACCUGUUAUUGGCAGAGCUGUACCAGCAUUUGGACAGCGGCAGCAGCGAGCGGCCGGACAUCAGCUCCAUCAAACGGCACAUCCAGAAAGUCACACACGAGAUGGACAUGUGCUACGGGAUGAUGGGGAGCCUCUUCCGCAGCGGCUCCCGGCAGACACUGUUUGCCAGCCAGGUGAUGCGCUACGCUGACCUCUACGCAGCCUCCUUCCUCAACUUCCUCUACUACCCCUUCAGUUACCUCUUCCGGGCACCCUCUGUCCUGAUGGCCCAUGAGUCAACGGUGGAACACGGCCCCAUAGAUGCUGGAGAGGGAAGCGCAGCCCUGGAGCUGCAGCUGGAGCAGCACAGCCAACAGGUUCUGGGGCUCCCCCAGGACUCCAGCGGGGAGGAGGAAGAGGACGGCGAGGCCUGAGCCCACUGAUCCCCAGCAGACAGCGGGUGCUGCCCCUGGGCUGAUGGUAGCAGAGCAUCCCCGCAGCACGGUGCCCAUCUCCACCCCCAGGAGCUGCUGCAGGGCAGCACGAUGCACCCAGCAGCUCAAUCAGCUCCAGCACUGGGAACUGCUCUGGGGGAGGGGGUUGAUGCCCGAAGAUAACAAGGUCCUGGGGCCAGCACUGCUCCCUUUUACCUGCUGAGAGUCCCAACCUCUCCCCUUCUUUACCUUUGUCUAUUUAUAAAAGGCACGCUCACAUCUU